CUGUUCUAUAGUGAAAAAUGGCCGGCGUCAGCGAUUGUUUCAGCAUUGGAAGUACGGUGGCCUGUAAAACUUGUUACAACAAGGAGAUCGAAGGAGAGGUGCUGGCAUUUGACCCGCAAACAAAAAUGCUAAUCUUGAAAUGCCCAGCUUCGAACGGUAGACCUUCCUUAAAUGAUGUACACAUAGUAAAUUUAUCUUUGGUAUCCGAUGUUCAAGUUAAAAGAGAAGUUAGCCCAACGACGAGCGAACCACCGCAAAGCCUUAAUUUACAAAUGCUAAAUAGACGAGUACGCAAUCAGAUUGAAGAGAAAAAGAGACUGGUAAUGGCUCUGCAGGCCGGAGUAUCUCCAGAAGGACAAAAACUUUUUAUUGCAAUUUCAAAGACUAUACAAGAUAUAACGUGGAAUGGGGCUAACAUUGUUGUAUUUGAUAAUGUAACCAUUAGACCGCCAUAUAAAGUUGAUAAUGUACAUGGUAAUGAAGAUUCCGGAGCAUAUAAACACGUUAAAAAAGUGGUUGAGAAACACAUUAAAGAUACCGCAGCAUCGGCUCAGGUACAACAACAACGAGAACAGCAACAGCAACCACAAAAGGGUAGUGCGAUGCAAUAAAGGCCUAAUUAGGCAUUUUCACCAAGGAAAAAGCUCUAUGUGCUUUUGCAGAAGUUCCAUUGUUCGAGAGUAAGAAAGGAGAUAAAAGCAACGGAUUAUUCAAAAGAAGGAACCAUUGCAAAGAAAAUAGAUACAUCUGUUAUUGAUAUCGGAAUCUUAAAUUGAACUGAAUUUAUUUAUUUUAACACGAAAAAAAUCCAAAAACUUUUUAAAGCAGUCCAAGUAACAUUAAUCAUGUUGCAUUAUAUAAGACAUUUUAUAAUGCAGUGGAACGUAUCGUUUAUACAAUUAUUCAAUCGCUAUAGAUUUAGUAAACAAAAUGUUUAACUUAUUCAACAAGCUGCCGUACUAAUGAUACUCUACUGGCACUAUUUUUUAUUAUUGCACGCUGAUGUAAGUGUUUUUUUUAGUUGACAUCAUAUUGUUUUGGACAAAUUUAGUAAUUUUGUUAGUAAAUCGUUAGAGAAAAUUCAUUUAUAUAUAUAUAUAUAUAUUAUAUUAUUAAUGUCCAAAAUAUAUAAAGAUGAAUAAAAAAACACUACAAUUUUUCGUUAGCACACAUCAGCGUCAAACAAACAAAAAUUACGAUACAACAUUAAUCCGUAUGAAACGGUUCUCAAACUUCUUUAUAAGAAAAUAUCGUUGAAAUUUGAUAAUAAUUCUUUUUAAAAUGUCAAUAUAUUUCAUUACAAAAUGAUUUAUUGUAAUGAAUUUUUGAUCAUUUCUUUAGAAAAUAUUUUACAGAUUUUUAAACAUUAAUAAGCAAUUGUUUUCAAUAACAAUUGCUCGCCAUCACUUAUCAAAUUCUUAUAAAUUAUUUGUUAAACUAUAGUAAUCUUAUCAAAACUCACGAACAAAACAAAAAUGGAACAUAACAGUUUAUAUAAUGCUGGUAUCACGCCUGCGCUGGCACGAGACGUUUUCAGUUACAAAAUAUUGUUGAGGACAAUAGAAUAAUGAAGCCCCUUGCGCAAGCCGAAUCGUAAAAUCUGUAAUUUAGAAAAAGGACCAUUCGAUUUGUGCAAGGGUAAGCGUAGUUGAUCUUGUAUUUUAAGAGUUGACAUCGCUUCGUGUAAUGUUAACAGAAUUCGCCUCGUGCCCUUUACCAUUCGAAUUAUCGGGAGAAGAUGAGGGAGAAAAAAAUUAUGAAAGAGAGAAAGAGAGGGAGAGAAAGGAAGGAAAGAUGAUUAUAAGAACAAUUACGAGAAAAGACAUAAAUAAAUGUAAUAUAAAUUCGAUAA